UUUUUAACAGGAUUUUUACAAUUGGCCUGAUGAAUCCUUUGAAGAAAUGGAUAGCACGCUAGCUGUUCAGCAGUAUAUCCAGCAAAAUAUAAGGGCCGACUGUUCCAACAUUGAUAAAAUCCUUGAACCUCCUGAAGGUCAGGAUGAAGGUGUAUGGAAGUAUGAACAUUUAAGGCAAUUCUGUCUUGAGCUUAAUGGACUAGCUGUCAAGCUUCAGAGUGAAUGUCAUCCAGACACAUGUACUCAGAUGACGGCAACUGAACAAUGGAUUUUUCUUUGUGCAGCUCAUAAAACUCCAAAAGAGUGUCCUGCUAUAGACUACACUAGACAUACACUGGAUGGAGCUGCAUGUCUUCUGAACAGCAAUAAAUAUUUCCCCAGCAGGGUAAGCAUAAAGGAAUCCUCUGUAGCCAAACUAGGAUCAGUGUGCCGAAGGAUUUACAGAAUAUUUUCACAUGCUUAUUUUCAUCAUCGGCAGAUAUUUGAUGAGUAUGAAAAUGAAACCUUCUUGUGUCAUCGAUUCACAAAAUUUGUGAUGAAGUAUAAUUUGAUGUCCAAGGAUAACCUGAUCGUACCAAUUCUGGAAGAAGAAGUGCAAAAUUCAGUGGUAGGGGAGAGUGAGGCAUGAUGGAAAGGGUGGCACAGAAGCCUCUGCUGACCACAUCCAAACAUUAAUUAUGUACUGUAUAUAUCCUUUUACACACUUCAAUCACGUAUCCUCACAGCUUUGUGUAGUGUACUUUUUUUGUAUGCUCUGUGCAUUGCCUUUUAAUAUGGGAAAUACUUUAAGUUAUUCAUGAGCUGUAUAUUCAUCGAUGUGGCACUCAUGGUUUUUAAAUAAAAGUAGUAGUAUCUGUUUAUAAUGCCUGUUAAUAAAAGAAUUUACAGUUCUCUAAAA